ACACGUGUCGUGGGUGGCACAGGUGCCCUGCCAGGGGCCUGGCCCUGGAUCGUCAGCAUCCAGCACCCCUGGGUACGAGGCCUGAAGCAUCUGUGUGGAGGGUCCCUCAUCAGCAAACAGUGGGUCCUCACAGCAGCCCACUGCUUCGACAAGUUUGAGGAAAUCAGCAUGGUGUAUGUGGUGACUGGGGUCACUCAGUUGAGUCAACCAGGCCCUGGGACACAAGUGCGCCAUGUCAAGCAGGUGCUGAUUCACCAAUACUACAACCCUGAUGACAUGAGCUACGAUAUUGCCCUGGUGGAAUUGGACCAUCCAGUCCAGUGCAAUCGCUACAUCCAGCUGGCCUGUGUACCUGACGCCACACUGAGAGUGUCAGAGCUGCAGAACUGCUGGGUGGCUGGCUGGGGUUCCACUGCUCCAAGAGCUCAAAAAUCAAGUGAUCACUUGCAAGAGGCCAAGGUCCAGCUCAUUGAUGUCCAGCUCUGCAACAGCAGCCGCUGGUACGCAGGGAAAAUCCACACCCACAACUUGUGUGCUGGUUACCCACAGGGUAACAUCGACACCUGCCAGGGUGACAGCGGUGGUCCUCUCAUGUGCCAAGAGAAAAACAGUGACUACUGGUGGGUCAUUGGAAUAACCAGCUGGGGAAAAGGCUGUGCCAGAGCAAGGCGUCCUGGAAUCUACCUCUCCAUUCAGUACUUCUAUGACUGGAUCCUACUCUACAUGAACCUGAGCCCAGAUGGAAGUUCCUCUCCAUCAUCUCGGGCAUGUAGUCAUUUUUUGAUCACUUCACACCCCUGGAGUCAUUAUAUUCCCAUCCCACAAUCCUCUCAGAAGCCAUGGGUAAGACCAACCCUCUCUCCAAAACCAACUCCAGUACGAACAUUGGGCAAAGUUAACUGCUGCCCAUUUCCCUUCAAGAUUAUGAUGGAAUUCUUUACUCAAGUGAAGGAAUUCCUCCAGCAGACCUUUGGUCAAAACACAUCUUGA